AUGGCUUCUCAAGACUGGCGUGCGGGCUUUGGCUUUGCUGCUCGCAUGUCUGCUGUUACGAAAAUGCAAGUACCUCACCCGUGUAUAGACCCUUGAAUCCUGGUACGCCGCACAGCACAGGGAGCACCUCGUAAGAACCAUCGCUUCCCUAAAAGACAUGGAAAUCUCGAUUCAAGAGUCACCGAUGUUGCCCAAGAAACCACUAUUCACCGCCUCAUUCUAUUGGUACCUCAGCAUGCUCGGGCCGGUCUCCAGGAACGAGCUUUGUCUGACAACUCUGGGUAACGCAGCAUCAUCUAGAAUAUGGACCGUGUCGUGCUCACGAACCACUGUAUAAACUCUUUUCGAACUUCAGCGUGCUUUUUCUUUCACCACUUGUUUGCAAUGCUGGACUGCAUCAAGCUAAUUCUUCGCAGAAUAGACGCAUGUCAUGCCUCGAAUCCUUUGCUAUCAGCGAAUGAUGCGCACAGGGAAGCUAUCGUAGCCGAGACCAGGAUAUAUGACCAAGCCCACUCAAUCGACGAUUAUGAAAGUUCAAUCGACGAGAAAGUUGCGAGCUAUCCUCCACGCUUCCUCCAGUUCCCGACUCCCGAGGACACGAAGUACGUACCCACUCCUGGUGCAAUCUCAGUGGGCAUGUAUCAGAAUGCUCUCUACUACCGAGAGGGUCUUUUUUCCGCCAUCUACAAGGCGCCUGCUUUGACCGAAGAUGGCUACUUCCCACCUGGCGCGCCGUCUAGAGCCAAGUUCGUUGCGCUCAAGAUCACCUCACCAUCGAUGAUGGAGCCGCCGCACGACUCAAGGCGCGAGGCUGAGAUUCUGAAGAAAGCAGCAUGCCCCAAUGUCAUUCCACUUCUGGAUACCUUUCGAGAGGAUGGCAGUCGAUUUGUUCUGGUUUUUCCUUUCGUGCCGCUCGAUCUGAGUGUAGUCCUGCGGGAGGGCAAGUUUGCAAAGACACAAACCAAAGUCUGGUUAAAGGACUUGUUCUCUGCUCUCGCAUUUAUCCACGAGCAGGGGAUCAUUCACCGUGACAUCAAGCCCUCGAACAUAUUGCUCAAAACGCUCGAUGGACCUGCCUAUCUCGCCGACUUUGGCAUUGCCUGGGCGCCGGAUUGCUCGGGCUCUGAGGCACCCGAUUCGAAGAUUACGGACGUUGGCACAACCUGCUAUAGGCCGCCAGAGCUACUCUUCGGCAACAAAGCAUACGAUUGCAGUCUCGACUUAUGGGCGGCUGGUUGUACCGUUGCCGAGAUUCUGGACCCUAAUCACGCAACACUGUUCGAUUCUGGAGAACUGGGAAGCGAUUUGGCUCUGCUGCAGAGCAUUUUUAAGAAGCUGGGAACGCCAACGUUAUCUCGAUGGCCUGAGGCAGCAAAGUUCCCUGAUUGGGGCAAAGUGCAGUUUUACGAGUACCCAGAAGAACAUUGGGGUACGCUGCUACCACGAGUAUCUGAAGAGGGGCAGGACCUUGUCUCAGAGCUCGUCCGGUACGAGAGCGGAGCACGCUUAACAGCAUUGAAGGUCCUCGAGCAUGCUUACUUCCGCGAUUAA